CUUCCCUAAGAUAGGCGGAGCUGUGUUCACGUUGCCGUCCUUGCAGAGAGUUUAGUCUCCAUAAUGAUCUUUAGAUACCAAUACAGGGUUGUUUACGUCAAUAUCAGUUUCUAGGAGUCAAGGCCCAACAAGAAAUGGAACCUUUUCCCGACCAGUUCAUGGAGUUCCACCCUAUCCACGGAACCAACGUUCAACUGGACCCCUUGUCCACGCAAGCCACACGGGUCGAAAGCUUCGCCAAUGGAGUAUGCUUCAGCAAACACCCCCUCAAGCCAGGGGAGAUAUUCCUCGUAGAGAUCGAAGACAAGGAGCUUGGCUGGUGUGGCCACCUCCGGAUAGGCCUGACCGCCAAGGACCCCAUGAGCUUGGAGGUGGUUCCUGAAUACUCUAUACCGGAAUUGACAGACCAGGGCGACAGCUGGGUUUUCGCUAUCACUCGCAACCACAAUAAAAUCGUGGAAGAGGUCGAGGAGGGAGAAGGUGAGCAGGAUCCCGCGGGGGGUCACAGACUGGGUCAGGGGGAGGAGGAAAAUGAAGGUGACACAAACAACAAACCUAAAACUUUUUUCACUGACUCUCAUUUGUACAUUGAGAACGUCCGAAUCCCCAGAGACAAGCUCGUUGGCCGCAGCCGACCUGGACGCUACAGCCACAUUCUGGACGACUUGUACAAGACUAAUGCGCUUCCGCCGACAGCCAGACGUAGCCGGAUAGGAGUUCUGUAUGUAUCCAAAGGCCCACAUCUAGCUGACAUGCACAUUGUCAUUAACGGGGAGGACAUGGGGCCUUCUGCGAGAGGCAUCCCUACCACGGAGCCCAUUUAUGCCGUAGUGGACGUGUUUGCUGCUACUAAGUGUGUCAGGAUUGUGCAGGUGGAGUAUGGAUUCUCGUCCUUGCAGACACUGUGCAGGAAGACCAUCCAAAAACACAUUGUUCACAGAAUGGCCAUUGACUGGUUGGCGCUGCCAGAAGCAUUAAAGCACUACUGCAAGUAUGAGUGAGGACUGAGGAUCUUCAGUGGGAACUAAACUGAGACUCUAUAGAUAUUGUGAAUGGAUGCUGUGUUAAAUCCGGAUGCUUAGUUGCGAAACUAAAAGCCAGUUAACCUAACAGAAGUGACAGCUUCCUUAAGCCGGAAAACUUUUUGUCCAUUUGUGUCCAUCCAGAUGCACUUGUGAGGUCAGAGUUCAUUGAGGGAGGUAUGAGGUAUAACUCGGUUGGUAGAGCGGGCGUGCCAGCAACUUGAGGGUUCUGGGUUCGAUCCCCCUAGUCACUGCUGAUGUGUCCUUGGGCAAGACAGUUCACCCACCGGCUCCCAGUGCAACCUACACUGGUUUAAAAAUGUAACUUAGGUGAUGUUCUUUAAGUUACAAAAAAAAAAACGCUAUAUAAAAUAUAAUUCACUAAUGAGGGCUCAGUGGGGUCUUCCACAUCUAGACUCAUCCAACCGUGCCUUUAAACUUCGGAAAAAGGUCCUUCCCCAAUCGUUACCAUAAUUUUGGAACAAUAGUACAGAUUUAAUUGUGCUUGUUUGAUUUUUUUUUUAAGAAUAUUGGUUGAUUAAAAAUAACUGAACUUUUUUUUUCAUUUUUUUUUUUAUUGACAUCUUCUCCCUUAAUUUAGUACAGUACACUCAACUGAACACUAUUUUGAAAUAAGUCAUGCUGCUAAUUGUUAUGAUUUAAGUUGCAAGCAAAAAUCUUAGUUACACGCAUCCUCGCUAGCUAGAGAUGGACAUCGCUUUGUUUUUGCAACCAUGGUAAGGAAAAAAGUGAGUUUGAAGGACAAUGCUGAGGAGAAGUAGUGUAUGAUAUUAUUUGAAUUGAAAAAAUAAAUAAUCAAAAACAUGACCGAGUGUGUAGUCCACAUGACGAAGCAGUACGAGCGUAUCCCUGUUUGUCUGCACCAUACAGAAUGAGUCUAACGCCAGGAAAGAUUGUUCAAAUAAUGUCAAAAUGCGAACAUUUAUCCAUGAAGAUAUGAAGUAGCUGCUAAUGGUGUGUUUGAUGGAGGAACAGCUUGUAGGAGAUACCAUAGAAGUCCACUCUCCAAUGUAUACACUAUUAUAACAUUACUUUAUGAACUACUUUAGUUGUUUUCAUUCAAAAUGCAUUAACUUAAAAAAAUACUUUUAUUUUUAAAAGGCAUGUUACAUGUUAAAAUGGUGCCAUAUGUGGGGCCAAGCACAGAUGAAAUUGAUUUAAAUUAAUUCAAUGUGCAAGUGUAUUGAAUUAAGAGCUACGUGACAGAACCAAGUUAAGGUACUACUGUAUAUGCCCAUAUGUUUAUUAUACACUAGUGGAAAAUACCAGUGGUUCCAUUUAGUACUGUAUUUUAUUUUAUAUUGUAUGAAUGUUUGAGUUUUGUAUAUUUCAAUUUUUUUGUUCAGGACAACUGCAAACAACAGUGUGUUAAACACUUGUCCAAAUCCAAAUAUUAAAAAAAUAUGUAUUUAUGUGUGUGUAUUUAGACAUGUAUAUUGAUUUAUAAUACAUUUUUAAAUAUAAUUCACUGACUGUUACAUUACAUGUAGGGCACACACGUUUAAUGAGAACCUACAGAGGAGCUGCACGAAUGCCUUCAUUAAAAUAAUAAUGCAGUACGUAUUCAUUAAACAAUAUGUUUAUGAUUGUUUGUUGUUUUCAGUAUGUGAAAUGCAUUGCAUCAUAUUGAGAGCUGUUUCUAUGCUGUGCUAUCUUAGUAUGCAGAAGUAUGGACUGCCGGGGCGAAGCACGAAAUCCUGGGCCCCCAUACACAGGACUCCUAAGAGGCCCUCAAUCCCACGCUAAACCCAACCGCAUCCACACACACUUGGUGUGUUUACAUGCACUAAAACGCACUACAUGUACUGAAACCGGCUUUCUAAAAUACAUGUAAAAACGUAUUAGGUUUUUGACUUUUUAAAGAUGGGAUUAAUAUGCCUAAAACAUAUCUAGAUAACCUAUCCUAACCAAUUUAGUUUUAAAUGAUUACAAUUAAAAAAAAGUUAGUUUCGGUUUUAAAAAAACGUGUCAACAAAUGAUUAUAGAGUAGCCAAAAUAUGAAUUUAAAUACGGUAAUCAUACUACCUGCCACUAUUCAUUUUAAUAUGAUUAUAAAUUUGUCAAAUUCAAUUUUACUUUAGACUAACAUCAUUAUUAUUUAAAUAUAUAUCGUUAUUAGUGCAUCUCGGAGGAGAUACGUCUCCCCCUUUCUUUAAAACGUAUUGACACCUCUGUUUCUAACUUUAAUCAAGGGUCUUUGAAUGCACCACAGUUAUUGGCAAAGAGAUGCAAAGGUGAAACUCGUAAAUAACCUUCUCCUAUCCUGUCACAGAUAGAUUUUCUUUUACCAUCUCUCCUUGUUCCAAUAUGUUGUUUCUGUGUGUGAAUGUUUGAAGGUGAGUGUUCUGAUGACGUUGUGUUAUAUAUUGUAUAUAUUACGCAAUAAUAUAAUAUAAUAAUAAUAAUAAUAAAUACUGUAUGAGGUGGCGACUUGUCUAGGGUGUACCCAGCUUUCUGCCCAAAUGCAGCUGAGAUAGGCUUCAGUAACCCCCUGCGACCCCAAAAGGGACAAGCGGUAGAACAUGGAUGGAUGGAUAUAUAAAUAUCACAUAAAUGUUAUAUUUUGUAUUGCUACUAUGGUACAUUUUUGGUCGACUUUAUACCUUUUGUUUUCGCCCUCUUUUUAUGUAUUUGUGUGCAUUAUCCUUUCCAUCCUUUGUACCUGAGCUACUGUGUGGAACAACUUCACUUGUGGAUCAAUAACAUUUGUCUAAGUCUAAGUCUAAGUCUAAGUUAUGUUACAUCUGUGUUCAGUGAGGUGUUCCAAGCUAGGUUUGCCUAUUCAGGUGGAAUGAACCCAUUCACAUUUUUGAUAGGGGGUGUAGGUAGACCCAGGUCAAGAUCAACCUUGCCCCAUCUUUCACUUGCUGCCGUGAGCUCAAAGACGAAGAAUUUCAGACAAAUGCUGUUCCUGUUGGACUAGUAUUAAGUGACUUUUGAUGCUCAAAUCAAAAUGCCAAUGCUAAUGUUAGCUAUUGGAAAUUUGUGCGGUACCAAUAAAUAGCCAACAGUGUGAUAGUUUCACACUACUGGCGGGAAAAAUAAUCUCCCUCCGGUCUUUCUUUGCUUCAGACCUGCAUCCGGCCUGAUACAUUCUUGGUAGUAGCGUCAUGUUGGUAGCGCAAUUCAAGAUUAUUUCUUUAUAGUGUCUGCUAUCUAAUAUCAGCAUAACCAUUAGAGAUGUAAUAUUUAUGUCAACAUUACAGCGGAAAUCGGGGGAAAUGUGUUCAUUUUCUGGCAAAACACUACCACUUAUGUCCACUGGCGCCGCCAAAAUCAACCAAAACUGAAAGUUCUUAAGUGGGAUUUGAAAUAUGCUUGCUAAGUAAAACUCUGCAUUUUUUACUUGAACUUAGGCCUACUACGCUACUGGAUUUAAUUGUUGGUCAAUAUGGUGGUACUUGGAGAGCCAGAAUUUUUCUGAAAUGGUACUUGGUGAAAAAAGCUUGAGAACCACUGGUCUAAGUCAUUCUUAAUUUGAUUCAGACAAUUUAAUUAUUGAAUGUAUAGGGUUGUAUUGAUUUUUUAAUGAAUUUGUAUUACUUAGCUUUUUUUUUUAUAAGUAAUGUAUUUGAAUGAGGGAACAAAAUAUUUAAACCGUACAAUGGUCCUCCCUGUGCUUUUGGCUAACAACAUCUCCACUUACCUUCCCACUUCACGAACCGAAUGACAGUUCAGUUUCGUUCAAUUUCAGUUUAUUUCCAACAUGCAUACAAUACAAUGUAAUUCAUCACACAUUUCCAGUUGUUUCAAUUACAGGACGUCCGAGAAGGAGUAGGAAGAAGCAGAGCUUAUUUAAUCCUACCCCUUUUCAUACCAUAGCAAUUUUAUCCUAUUUCCUUGUUCUCUGUAACAGAACAGUGAACAAAUAAAUAAUUAAUAAAUAAUAUACCAUAAUAAGCAAACAAAUAUUAAAUACAUAGAUAAUCCAUCCAUUUUCUACAGCUAAUUCCCUUUUGGAGUCGCUGGUGCCUAUAUCAGCUACAAUCGGGCGGAAGGCGGCGUACACCCUGGACAAGUUGCUACCUUAUCGCAGUACAUAAAUAAUAUUUUUCUCAAUAAACAAAGAAAAGAAAAAAAGAAUUAAUCCUAAUUGUUGUUUUGUGUACUUUGUGUUCACAAAGUACUACACUUGUAGUUUGAACAGUCUCUUAAACUGAAUCAUAUUGGUGCUUUGUUUGAUCUCUUUGGUUAAUCUAUUCCAUAAUUUAAUUCCACUUACAGAUAUGAUAACAGUUUUAAGUGUUGUACAAGCAUACAAAUGUUUCAUAUUGGAUUUUCCUCUGAGGUUAUAUUCAUCCUCUUUUGUUGAGAAGAAUCGUUGUACAUUUUUGGGUAGCAGGUCAUAGUUUGCUUUGUACAUACUUUUAACUAAUUGCAAAUGCACCGAAUUGUUGAAUUUCAAUAAUUGUGAUUUAAUGAUUAAAGGGUUUGUAUGUUCUCUAUAUCCAACAUUAUUUAUUAUUCUAAUUUAUCUUUUUUGUAACACAGUUAGUAAAUGAAGCGCACAAUUGUAGUUGUUCCCCCUAUUUCUGCACAAUAACGAAGAUAUGGUAACAUUAGUGUGCAGUAAAGAAUAUGAAGUGAUUUUUGGUCUAGAACAUAUUUUGCUUUAUUCAUUAUUGACAUAUUUCUUGCUACUUUUUGUUGUCUAUUUUUAAAUGAGAUUUACAAUUAAUUGUAUUAUCCAUUACUACACCCAAAAUGUGUUUUCUUUUACCCUUUCAAUAUCUACUCCAUAUAUUUAUAAUUGUGUGUGAUGUUGUCUUCUCCUGUUACCAAAUGGCUUAAUUUUAGUUUUACUGGAUACAAAGAUAGUCUGUUUUUGUCAAACCAUCUUUUUAAUUUGUACUUUUCUUCUGUUGUUAUUUUUAUUAUCUUCUGUGUGUUUGCUCCUGAACAAAAUGUCGUUGUGUCAUCUGCAAAUAAAACUAUCUUCAAGUCCUUUGUAACUUUAAAAAUGUUAUUUAUAUAGAGAUUGAACAAUUUUGGUCCAAGUAUUGUUCCCUGAGGUACGCCACAAAAUAUUUUCAGUAAAACCAAGACACACAUAAGUCGAAACGUUUUAAUGCUGAAAGUGGUUGUGAGGGUUCAACUUUGUGGUGGCAGGAGCGUGAAAUAGUCCAUCAUCUUACACUUUUUUCCAAUUGCUUGAACUCAAAAUUUUACAUUUUCACACAGUUAACAAAAGUCUACAACCAGUAAACAAAACCACUGUGCAGAUUUGCCUAAUUUUAGGCAAAGACUCCCAUCUUACAAAUGUGAUGUAGAUGAGAUACUAUGUAUGGUCUGAUCCAGCUAGACGAGCAGGUGACGAUUAAAAUCAGUAACUGAAGUGUUUGAGUAGGUUCUUUUAUUGAGUUGCUGUUGCCUAAGUCUGCACAUGUAGACUGUACUCUAUGCCAGUGUUUGUCAACCACUGUGCCGCGGCACACUAGUGUGAGAUACUGUCCGGUGUGCCGUGGGAGAUUAUCUAAUUUCACCUAUUUGGGGUAAAAAAUGUUUUUGCAAAUCAGUAAAUAUAGUUUGCAAAUGAUGUGUUGUUGUGGCCCUGCGAUGAGGUGGCGACUUGUCCAGGGUGUACCCCGCCUUCCGCCCGAUUGUAGCUGAGAUAGGCGCCAGCGCCCCCCGCGACCCCAAAAGGGAAUAAGCGGUAGAAAAUGGAUGGAUGGAUGGUGUUGUUGUUGAGUGUCGAUGCUGUCUAGAGCUUGGCAGAGUAACUGUGUAAUAAUCUUCCAUAUCAGUAGGUUGCAGCAGGUAGCUAAUUGUUUUGUAGAUGUCGGAAACAGCGGGAGGCAUUGUGCAGGUAAAAGGGUAUCUAAUGUUUAAACAAAAAAUAAACAAAAGGUGAGUGCCCCUAAGAAAAGGCGUUGACGGUUAUGGAAGGCUAUGCAGAACGAAACUAAAACUGAAGUGGCUACAAAUUAAACAAAAACAGAAUGCUGGAAGACAGCAAAGACUUACUGUGGAGCAAAGACGGCGUCCACAAUGUACAUCCGAACAUCACAUGACAAUCGAAAAUGUCACCACAAAGAAGGAUAAAAAUUGCUAAAACAAAGCAGAUGCGGAAAAUAUCGCUCAAAGGAAGACAUGAAACUGCUACAGGAAAAUACCAAAAAAAGAGAAAAAGCCACCAAAAUAGGAGUGCAAGACAAGAACUAAAACACUACACACAGGAAAACAGCAAAAAACUCAGAAUAAGUCAGGGCGUGAUGUGACAGUACACCUACUUUGAGACACGUGCUAUAUUGAUGCAUGCUUGGUUAUGGUUUGAAUUCAUAUCCAACAAUUGCGACAACGACUUUUUACUGUCGACUCAGUUUCGUUUUUUAAUGAUUUCUGCUGGUGGUGUGCCUCUGGAUUUUUUCAACCCAAAAAAUGUGCCUUUGCUCAAAAAAAGGUUGAAAAACACUGGUCUAUGCUGUCAUUUCUAUUUAUCUCCAGAUUUUUUUCCACACCUUUUAUUUGUCUCAGAUUUUAAUUUGUGAAGUGAGGUGUGAAGUGAGUUCCAUUUAUAUAGCGCUUUUCUCUAGUGACUCAAAGCGCUUUACAUAGUGAAACCCAAUAUAUAAGCUACAUUUAAACCAGUGUGGGUGGCACUGGGAGCAGGUGGAUAAAGUGUCUUGCCCAAGGACACAACGGCAGUGACUAGGAUGGCGGAACAGGGGGUCGAACCUGGAACCCUCAAGUUGCUGGAACGGCCACUCUACCAACUGAGCUAUGUCGCCCCAUUUGUACCGCAUAUCAUUGUUGACUACUGUGAUAUGUUACUUUACCUGACUGUGGUAAAAAAUAAAUAUUUGCAGUUUGCAAAAUUAUUGUUAAGCAGUUUUUGAAAAUAUUACAGGAUAGUUUUACUUUCUCUUUAGGUCCUUACAUAUAGGCCCACUUCAAAGUAAACAAUGACGAUUGCUGUGGAUCUGCCAAUAUGUUUUUUUAAAUUACAGUAAUCACCCGGAAAAGGGUGGAGUGCCAUCUCCGGGUUGGGGAUGAGACCCUGCCCCAAGUGGAGAAGUUCAAGUACCUACAUAAGAGUCUUGUUCACAAGUGGGGAAAGAGUGGAUUGUGAGAUCGACAGGCGGAUCGGUGCGGCGUCUUCAGUAAUGCAUACGUUGUACCGAUCCAUUGUGGUGAAGAAGGAGCUGAGCCGGAAGGCAAAGCUCUCAAUUUACCGUUCCCAUCCUCACCUAUGGUCAUGAGCUUUGGGUCAUGACCAAAAGGAUAAGAUCACGGGUACAAGCGGCCAAAAUUUGUUUCCUCCGCCGGGUGCCGGGGCUCUCCCUUAGAGAUAGGGUGAGAAGCUCUGCCAUCCGGGAGGAGCUCAAAGUAAAGCCGCUGCUCCUCCACAUCAAGAGGAGCCAGAUGAGGUGGCUCGGGCAUCUGGUCAGGAUACCACCCGAACGCCUCCCUAGGGAGGUGUUUAGGGCACGUCCAACCGGUAGGAGGCCACGGGGAAGACCCAGGACACGUUGGGAAGACUAUGUCUCCCGGCUGGCCUGGGAACGCCUCGGGAUCCCCCGGGAAGAGCUUAACGAAGUGGCUGGGGGGAGGGAAGUCUGGGCUUCCCUGCUUAGGCUGCUGCCCCCGCGACCGACCUCGGAUAAGCGGAAGAAGAUGGAUGGAUGGAUGUUUUUUUACAUGGAUGGAUGGAUGGACAGUAAUCACUCAUCACAUAUGCUAAAAAGGUCGAGCAAAAUGCCCCACACAUGUGAUUUCUUAUAGUAAAAUAGGGGUUUUUACAAAUGUGUAUUGUAUUUAUCACUGUUCUGGGCAACUCACUCCAAUAGUGUCUUAUCAUUUGACGUCUGUGUGAGUGAGAUGACAAUAAAACUGCUUUAUUUUGA